UCCAGCAGUAUGUGAGUGACGGUGAUAGCGCAAACCGCAGCUCUCGACCAGUGUUCCCUGUGCAAGUGCUGAUAAACGGUUAAGCUGAAACGAUUCAAUGGGAUUGGAACGUUCGAAGAGAUUCUGAAAAGCACAUCAUGGCAAGUAAUAUCCAAUGGCGUUCCGUAUGGCUGAUGCUGCUAUUUGCGUCCACCAUCGCAGCCGGUCCGGUGAAGCGUCGUUCAACGGAGAGUGAAAAGGCACCGUCCGAGACCGAAAUAAGCCAAAUAGUGGAAUGGAUCGAGCAGCGUUAUCAGCAAACGAAAGCUCGCCAAACACUGGCUGCCUGGGAGUAUGGUUCGAAUCUUACGGAGUUCAACCUAUCGAAAAAAACGAAAGCCGCUGCCGAUUUCGCCGAAGUGGCUAAGGCAGUCGCGGAGGAAUUGCAGCAGUUUAAGACAGAUCAGCUAACGAAUGCUACGCUGAAGCGGCGAAUCAAGAAGCUUGCCAAGCUGGGCUAUGCCGUACUACCGGCAGAUCAGUUUAAGGAGCUGCUCGGAGCGAUCGCUAGCAUGGAGUCGAACUACGCAAAGGCAAAGUUUUGUGCUUACGGCGAUGCGACCAAGUGUGACCUUUCGCUCGAUCCGGAGCUGACGGAAAUUUUUGCCAACCACCGUGAGCCGGAGGAACUGAAGUACUACUGGGUCCAGUGGUACAAUGCGACCGGUGCACCGGUGCGUGAGUCCUUCCAGAAGUACGUUGAGCUGAACCGACAGGCGGCACUGCGGAAUAAUUUCAGCUCCGGCGCGGCCGUUUGGUUGAACGAGUACGAUGAUAGCACGUUCGAGCAGCAGGUCGAUGAUGUGAUUGAACAAAUACGGCCCCUGUACGAGCAGCUGCAUGCGUACGUGCGGUACAAGCUGCGCCAGAAGUACGGCGAUAAGCUGGUGUCCCCGACCGGACCGAUUCCGAUGCAUCUGCUCGGCAAUCUAUGGGCACAGACGUGGGAUAACAUUGCCGACUUUACAACACCGUUCCCGGAGAAGAAACUUCUCGAUGUUACGGAUGAAAUGAUACGCCAAGGGUACACCCCGAUCAAAAUGUUCCAGAUGGGAGAUGAUUUCUUCACCUCACUGAACAUGACAAAACUUCCUCAAACGUUCUGGGAGAAAAGCAUCCUAGAAAAGCCGACCGAUGGGCGCGACCUUGUCUGUCACGCAAGUGCGUGGGACUUUUUCGCGAUCGAUGACGUUCGCAUCAAGCAGUGUACGCGCGUCAAUAUGCGCGAGUUCUUCGUCGUUCAUCACGAACUGGGACACAUUCAGUACUAUCUGCAGUAUCAGCAUCAGCCGGUAGAGUUCCGAGGUGGAGCAAACCCCGGCUUCCAUGAGGCCGUCGGUGACGUUCUUUCCCUGUCGGUAUCGACGCCGAAGCAUCUGAAGAAAGUGGGCCUGCUGAAGGACUACGAGGAGGAUGAGCAGGUUAAGAUCAACCAGUUCUACCGGGCCGGUGUGACGAAGCUCGUCUUUCUACCGUUUGCAUACACCCUGGACAAGUAUCGCUGGGGCGUGUUCCGUGGCGAUAUUAAGCCGAGGGAGUACAACUGCAAGUUCUGGGAGAUGCGAUCGCGCUACUCCGGUGUGGAGCCGCCGGUCGUUCGAACCGAGCAGGAUUUUGACCCACCGGCCAAAUAUCACGUCUCGGCUGAUGUUGAGUAUCUGCGUUACUUCGUGUCGUAUGUUAUACAGUUCCAGUUCCAUCGUGCGGCCUGUGCGCUGGCGGGCGAGUACGUGAAAGGUGAUCCGGAGAAGACGCUUAACAAUUGUGACAUUUAUCAGAGCACGGCUGCUGGCAACAAGUUGAAGGAAAUGCUUGCCCUUGGAUCGUCGAAACCAUGGCCGGACGCGAUGGAGGUGCUUACCGGAGAGCGCAAGAUGAGUGCCGAUGCUAUUCUGGAAUAUUUCGAUCCUCUCUACCAGUGGUUGUUGGAGGAAAACAAACGGCUCGGAGCGCACGUUGGCUGGACCGAUUCCCAAAAAUGCGUCUCACAUCCAAUUGAUUUUAUGGCGGCCUAAGCAAACUACAGCAAAUACUCCCUAAAAGAAAUGGUUUUGCGAUUAUAUUGUGUGUUUUUAACGAUUUAACUGUUAUACAUGACAUUGACCUUCAAUAAAACAUUACAAAUGACAUGCUAAGAGAAAUAAA